AUGGGUUUGUGGGUGAAGCUGAGUUGGCUGUGUCUGGUGGUAAUGGUAGUUAGAGUAGCUUGCCAGGGGAAUUUCCCUCCUCACAGUUGGAGACAAGGGGACACUUGGAGGCGUCAGCCUGGGUUUGGAGUUGCUCAGGGAUAUGAUAGGUGGUAUCCUCAGAGUGUUGGUCCAUCUAGACAGCUGCCCCAGAACCAGCCUAUUAGUGUGCAGUGUCAGGAGGACAGUAUGGUGGUGACAGUGCAAAGGGAUCUGUAUGGAAUUGGAAAGAUUGUGAAGGCCUCAGACCUUACUUUAGGAACCCAGAGUUGUCAGCCUAGUGCCCAGAGUACAAAUCUAAUGGUGGUUUUCCAGAAUGGUCUCCAAGACUGUGGGAACAGCUUGCAGAUGACUCCUGAAUUCAUGGUCUACAGCACAAAUUUGAACUACAACCCCACUCCAUCUGGCAAUUCUCCUAUCAUCAGGACCAAUGCUGCUGUGGUCUUAAUCCAAUGUUAUUAUCCACGACACGAGAAUGUGAGCAGCAAUGCCAUAAAACCAACAUGGAUGCCUUACAUCUCUACUAUUUCUGCAGAAGAAAGAUUAGUGUUCUCUUUAAAUCUAAUGAAUGAUGACUGGAGUGCUCCAAGAACCUCUACGGUCUUCCGACUGGGUGACGUCUUCCAUAUUGGAGCCUCUGUUGAUUCUGGCAACCAUGUGCCUAUGACUGUCUUUGUUGACAGUUGUGUGGCCACAUUAAAUCCCACUGCCAACUCUGAUCCCAGCUAUGAAAUAAUUUCUCUUAAUGGGUGCUUGAUGGAUGGGAAAGAGGCAGAUUCCACAUCUGCAUUCAUGUCCCCAAGGCCCCAGCCAGACAAACUCCAGUUCACAGUUGAUGCUUUUAGAUUUACUGGGAGAGAUGUAUCCACUAUUUACAUUACUUGCAGCCUAAGAGCUGCAGCAGCUACCCAGCUUCCAGAUCCCAUGAACAAGGCUUGUUCGUUCAGCAAAACCAGCAAUACUUGGUCCUCUCUUGAAGGUACCAGUGACAUCUGUAGAUGCUGUGACACUGGGAACUGUGUAGCUUCUCCUGGUCAGAGCAGGAGGGUUAGCCAGUAUAAUCAAGGUAGAGGAAGAGGAAAGAGACAAGCUGGACCUGAUACUUCUGUAGAGAGAGAACAAACCUUGGCCACUCUGGGACCCUUACUGGUAAUUGGACCGGACCAAAACAAAGCACUGGCAGUGACUCAGAAUCUGGAUUCGUUGGAGUUCUGGGUGUGGGUGGCAGUAGGUUCUCUGAGUCUUGUUGUAUUGGUGGUUUGUGCUGCUGUGAUAGGGAAGCGUGUAGUUAAGAAACGCAUCCUGCUGGCUGAAUAA